CAAGCAAGCCCCCUUACCUUAAUUUUCUUUGAUAGGAGAGUUGAAACAGCUCAAGAAUCUUGUAAUUGAAGCAAAAGCUGUUGGUGUGAAUGUAGUUGCUGCCCUAGUGAAGGGUAUGCUGGAGAGGAACAUGUUUCUUUUCGGAUUUGUAGGUGUAGACGAAGGCUCUCCAGCAGAAAGAGUUAAUGAAGUAACGGGUGAACAUAAUGCCCGUAUUCAAGCAGCAUAUAAGAUGUUAUUUGCUAACUCCCGGCUCGAGCACUUCAUCCACAUGGACUUGGGCACUGAGCUUGACGUUGAUCUGUUCAAGAAAAGAUCGUCCGAGUAUGCAGCCGCUAAGGAGCUUGCCAUCAAAGAGGCUAGCCAAGUGGUUGAUGUGGAAAACAUAAAGCACAUUGCAGAAAACCAGAGAUUGAUAGGCGAUGUGGUUGAGCAGACUGCUGCUGAUUGGAAUUCCCAAAAGGAGACAUUGUAUCGACAAACGGGGUUCAGUGCUCCCCAGCAGGAAGAGGGAGGAAACAACAAGAAACGGAAAGAAGCUUGCGACAACCUUGCAACGCAGGAGGAUGAUGAGGACUCGGAAGACCCUGAUGAUUUCUGCAGAGAAUUGGAGGAAAGUUUGCUUUCUUAGCCAUUGCAAUAGGACGAUUAAGGAAUUUCCAAUAAGGAAUAUACACCGGAGUAAUUUUUUUAAAUUCUUAGUAGUCUUUGUGUAGAUUAAGAAGCGACCCAAAUUCUU